AUGCCUUUUGGUCUACUCACAGAGAUCCUUUUCUGUUUGACAUCUGCUUCGGCCUUUUCGGUGAAGCAAUUUAUGAAGGAUGGACAAACGCAAAUUUUGAAUGAACCAAUUCCUGGAGAAUCACCAUUGGAGCUAUGUGAUUCACUGCAGCCUCAAAUUCUUACUUUGGACUCUCUUAAGAUGGACCCAGUUCCACCAGUGAGAGGUGAAAAUUUGACUAUUAUUGCAUCCGGAACUCUUAGCGCUCCUGUGGAGGAAGGUGCUUAUGUUGAUGUUGACGUUGAUUACGGUUUGAUCAAGCUUAUUCAUGCUACCUAUGAUCUCUGUGAAGAAUUGCCAAACAUGGACAUGAAGUGUCCAAUUAAGAAGGGUCAUUACGAACUAAAUAAAAAGGUUGAAAUCCCAAGUCAGGUUCCUCCAGGUCAGUAUAAAGUUGUUGCUAGAGCAUACACAAAGGAUGAUGAACUUAUUACAUGUCUCACAGGGGAAGUGGUUUUCCCUCCUUAUGGCUGGUCCAUGUUGGAAUCACUAAAAAAUAGCGUUUCACUCCUAAUGUAUUAG